AUGCCCACGCGGCGCGGCCUUGUCGGGACGAGGGGCUGCCUGACGUGUCGCAUCCGCAAGGUCAAGUGCGACGAGGCGAAACCGGCAUGCCUCAAGUGCCGCUCGACCGGACGCGCGUGCGAUGGGUACACGGUGCUGCCUUUCAGCCGCACCGAGCUCCUGCAAGGAAGCCGGCGACGCGGCCACGGCCUGAGCCCGGCUGUGGCGGGUGGCUGCAGCCUGGCGGGUGUGAUGCUCAGCGACGGCACGUUCCGUGGGACACUCGAGUGGCGAUACAUUGAAUUCUUCAGGUGCUGCACGGUAGCAAGCACGAAUUUGACGGUUGCCUCUACAUUCUGGAACCGCAUCGUCCUGCAGGCCUCUCACGCGGAGCCUGCGGUGAAGCAUGCCGUACUGGCGCUCGCUGCUAUGCAUGGCGGCAUGCUCGACCGGGAUGAUGAGUAUAUGUCCAGGCAGCAUAUGCUGCACGCAACGGAGCAGUACACUUUGGCCCUAGGCGCGGCGAGAACACUCGUCUCGAAUUCAGCUGCAGGGCAGAUCCAUCGCGUCCUCAUCGUGUGCCUCUUGUUCGCCGUGUGGGAGGGUGUGCAGGGCAAUUAUGAGGCCAGCCAGCGGCAUAUGCACGCUGGCCGCGCUUUGGCUGCUCGAUUCGAUUUUGAGAUACGUCGAAAGGCGUCCUUGGCUGGUAUUGUGUACGAACUCAUGGAAGUCUUGGUGAGGAUAGAUAUUUCGGCCAUUUCGUUCUCGGAUGAUUCUGCGCCAUACCAGCCUCCCCAUAGGGAUUCUACAGACGCUACGGCACCGUCUAUUGGUGCGUUUAGGAGUAUACAACAAGCAAAUGCAACUCUCAUGGAUAUUACACGAAGGCUGCUGCGACUGGGCAGCGAGAUGAUCCCAGGCGCGGAUGAAGCAGAGGACCGACAGCGGGCGAUUGGCACAUGUACGCUGCUUCUGGAGCGAUGGGCUGUACGUUGGGAGGACUGGUACGCCGCGAAUGGCGACUCUUCAGACCCCCUGUCGACCCUCAACGUCCAGCUGUGGUAUGCGUGCACGCAAACGCUUGUCGACACUGGCUUCAGCGGCCCUGAGACUCGCUACGACAUGGCCGCGGACAGAUUUCGUGACGUAGUGGCCCAUUCGGAGAAGCUCUCAUCUGCCGUCUUUCAAAACUCCGGCGCUGUUUCCUUUAGCCUCGAUCUCGGAUACCUGAUACCGACAUUCUUCGUUGCCACCCGCUGCCGCGACCCAAGCAUCCGGCGCCGCGCGCUGCGCGUCUUGCAGUCUUAUCCACGGCACGAGGGGGCAUGGCAGAGCGGCCCAGCGGCAGCUAUUGCAGAGAGAUGGAUAGCCGUGGAGGAAAGAGGGCUAGAGGAUGCCCGGGAAGCAGCACAGAUCCCCGAGCAUGAACGGGUCGUUCUGAUGGAAGUGCAGGUGCGGAAGAGCGACGGACGGGCAAGACUGCGUUUCCAGCUGGCAAGGGCAGAUGAUGCCCACCUCGUUGAAGAUAUUGUCAGUUGGUAA